GCCUGCCUUCGGAUUGCACCGUGCACGGGGGAGAAGGGCACGCGGAGAGAGGAUGAGGGGGCUCCUCGGGCGCCGGCGGCAGCCGCCGCCGCUCCCGCUCUUCCCCGCCGCCAAGCGCUCGUCCGCUCCGGCGAGCCUCCUCCUCGCCCGCAUCCGCCGUAUCCUCCCGGAGAGCCGGCUCCUCCGGCUGCUCCUCCUACUCGCGCUCUUCUCCCUCGUCCCGCCGGCCUUCUUCCACCUCCGCCUGCGCCGCUUCCACCGCAUGCGCGAGAGGAAGUGCGGGUGGAUCACGAGCCCGCCCAUGGUGUGCGCGCACGGCGGCGACUCCACCAAUGCGUUUCCCAACUCGAUGGAGGCAUUUCGGAUGGCUCUGGACGCGCGGGUCGACUGCGUGGAGGUGGACAUCUCCAGGUCCUCCGACGGCGUGCUCUUCGCACUGCACGACAGGAAGCGGAAGCAAUCUAGGAAGAAUGUUACAAAAGCUGUGCUAGGAGAACUUAGCACACCACAUAGGUCAACUAGAGAAGAAAUACUACGGGAUAGUCUAGGUUCACUAGAAGGCAGGGAUCUGCAAAAAAUGUCUGGUAAUUCCACUGCCAAAGUUGGCCACUGGAGCACAGAUGAGAUAAAAGCACUAAGUACAAGGUUUCAGCUAUCGAAAAGUGUCCGAAACGAGGACGUUCCUAAAGCAGAAGAUGCUCUGGCAAUGAUAUCACAGUCGGUUCGGCAGGUGAUUCUGGAUGUGAAAGUUGGCCUACCUUCAUUUGAGAAAGGUUUAGCUGAAGAUGUAUUGUCUCUUCUGAAGAAAACAAAUUGCAAAAAUUGUCUUGUGUGGGCAAAAAGCGAUGACCUAGGGAGAGAGAUGAUCAAGUUGUCUAAAGAUGUUGUGGUUGGUUAUAUUGUUAUGGUUGAUAAAUCCACUGGUAGAAGAACUGAGUUGGUGCGGUUUGAAGGGGCUAAAGUUGCUGGUGUAUAUCAUCCUUUGAUCCACGAAAAAGUCGUGAAGGUCAUGCGGAGACAUGAUAAGAAAGUUUUUGCAUGGACUGUUGACGAUACCAACUCCAUGGAGAAGAUGCUAUCUGAGCAUGUUGAUGCCAUUGUGACCAGCAACCCUUCCCUCCUGCAGCAGCUUAUGCAUGAGACAAGAACUGAAUGCAUGGAAGAUGGGUUUGCCUUACCAUUGGAUUUCUAAUUCUUAGUGCACAUUACCAUCACUGCAGGUUUGGGAACAAAAGAGUAAGACUUUUUUUAUAGAUUAGAUGAUGAUUUAUUUGAACUUUUACACUUUGAUAGAUCAUUGAGAUAGGCCUUAACAAAAUAUAGUUAACUUGCCAUGAAUCUUUUUUUGGUUUCAUUUUACUGCUCUGCUGGAAUAGAUAAAGUCAUAGUGGCAUUAUGACAAUAUUAUCAUUGAUUCAUAGGAUCAUGCUUUCACGAUUGAAUUUCAAGUAUGUUUCUCAAUUUUUUAUGCAUAUGUGUACCUACGGAUCUAUCGUUUUUGCUGAAGAUCAUUUGAUGAUCGCCAAUGGUGUUUACCUUGUGUUCCACGUUUUCUUUUUCGGAAUUGUUAUGUUAUGAUCUUUUUUGGGGAGCUCAGCUCCAAGAUUCAAGAACUCUCAUAGCUGAAACCACGGAGGGACUGAGGCUGGGUAAGGCAUUUUGUUUCCAUUUUAGCGAAAAGCAGAGAACUUUAAUUUAUCAUACAAACUAAGAUCCUAUUCUAUCCGUCCCAGAAAUAAUGCAAUCCUAAAAUUUCAGACAGAGAUUAGUCUUGAAGCAAAAUAACUUGGUGCUCCUAUUUAACUGUGCAUGCAGAAUUUUAAGGGAACCACAAUUAAGUGGACGUCAUGUAGGACAUUAGCUGGUCCAAAAGCUAGGGUUGCAUAUUUUUUUCUGAGACAAUUUUUAAAUCCUAGAAUUGCAUUCUUUCUGGGAGGUGUAAGAGCUGACCCUAGGUGUGUACAUUUGAGAUAUGAUGUUUAUUUUGUGGAACCUAUAGUGUUUGAGAGAUCUGUAGUUGGAGCUCUGUUUGGAAAUUUGAUGUUAUGUUCAAUCUGGAGAGAACUUUGUUGGUAGGGUGGGGGCAGAGGGCUGUUUGAGUAUGUUUUAUGGAACAUAUGGUGAGAGAGGGAGAGGGAGUGAGAUGUCCCAUGAUGUCAAAAUUGCCCUCCAGCUGUGACUGAGAGGCUAUUGUGUAUAUCUAUUGCAUGAUCCUAUCGCUUCUACUAAUGCAAUGAUACCCAGCUCUUCUGCA